AUGCACGCUUCGUGGUCGACCGCUGUGGAGUCCCGAGGACGGGACCGGGAGCGCAUGCAUCGGACGGAACGGGGCGGUCGUCCGUACGCAGCCUCUGCUCUUCCGCCACAUCCCGCGACACCGUCCUCGGAUUGGGUCGGUCAGUCUUACUUCCCGUCGCCUUCUCUCCCUUCUUCUUCGUGUCCUUCUGUGUCUGCGUCGGUGCUGUCCCACGGCCUGUCUCCGUCCCAUCCCUUUUCUGUUUCGUCUUUCUCUUCGUUUUCGGCGUCACCUCCGAAUCCGUUCGCCUCAGAGGAGGCGCCGCCGCUGCACGCGUUGCCUUCCCCGUCUCGCCCCUUCUUGGGGACUCUUCGAAGCAUCAGUCCGGCUCCCAAGGCCGGUCAGAGCAGCUCGGAAGGCAGCGCAUCUCCUUCGCCGGAGAAAACAGAAAGCGGCUGGUGGCCCGUGCCGGGAACCGAGCGCGACGCACGCCUUGCCGGGGUGGACUUUGGGCCAACUCUGCCUUUGGCGCAGAGCAGAGUGUCGCAUGCAGGUGGAUCUGGUCUCGGGCCCGAGCCGGCGGACGGCACGCAUGCGGCUAGCCGUCUGCUGGAGCACUCCGUCUCUGCUCCGGUAGUAGAUUACGCGGUUCGGCUGUCGAGGGAGAACCCAGACGCUUCCCUGAAGAAGUCGACAACCCUCGCGGAGCGAUUCUUCCUCAUCUCCUCGCCGGCAGCGCCCCAGGCGGAGGCGCCGAACGGCCGGGAAAGCGAGGAGGGCGUCGAGGAGCAAAGAGAGGGGAAACGCGGGGACGGCUGCGAGGACAGGAGGCAGCGGCUGCCGUCAGAGGGCCAACGGCGGGAAGGGGAUGGCAACGGAGAGAGCAUAAGCGCCUCUUCUGCAUUUGAAGACGAAGUGAACGCAGGAGACGGCGCAGCCUCCUGGGAGCGAAGCGCAUCUUCCGCCAGUCUGGAGUCGCUCUCUCGAAGCAGAAGUGUGCAACGAAAGAAAAAGAAACGCUGGUGGACAAGCCUCGCGUCGAGCCUCGGGCGGCGGAGCGGCUCUGUGGAAGGCGGGAGAAGAGGCGCCGCGGAGGGAGACGAAGUCGCAGAGGAAGGAGACACCCGGUAUGGACUGCCGUCGCAGCAGGCGGCAACAGAUAAGGGCGGCCGUUCCGCAGACGACUUCUCGAAAGAGACACAAGAAGGUAGAGCGAAUGGCAAGGCAGGGAGGAACGAGGCCGGAGUGAGGGCAAAAGAGGGCGGAAUGGAAGAAGCAUUUCGAGAGGCACGAGAGGAACGAUGGGAGAAGAGGGGGACCGAAGACCUGGACGGAAGCUCUGCUGGAUCCCUGCGAGGGGCGCAAACUGGAGAGCGCAAAGACGAGCGCGUUUCAGAAAAACGCGCCGGUUCGGUCGUUUCUUCGCGGGCCAGCUCAAACAGAAGUGUGGCGACCAAGUUGAGCAAGAGUCUGUCUCGGCUCUUUGGGGGCAAGAAAAAGGAUCCGAAAGGUCUGCAUCAGGCGCACGGCCGUCGCGACUCAAGCACCUCUGUGUCUUCUCUCUCGUCCCGUUCCGAUCGCUCCACGGGCAUCUCGCGUGCGGCUUCUCCCGCGUGUUCUCCCUGCUUCUCCGCGUCGAAAUGGGAAGAAGCUUUCGCGUCUCUGCCGCCGAUCCCUGCAGGCGUCGCCGCGCUCUCGGGCACCUACCAAGAGCUUCUCCUGGACCACCUCAAGACUUUGGAGCGCGGCGUCCAGCAGCUGCUGGCGUGGCAGGGGAGCGAGGCGCUCGCGUCCUUGGCGCAAGACCCGCGGAUUCGAGAAGCGGGGAAGCACGAAAGGCAAAGCGAGAGAGGUCGAGAAGACGGGGCAAGGCCGCUCCCCGCGGGCCAGAAGAGGAAAGACGAGGGCGGCAGAGACCCAACGAGCCUGGCGGGGGGCGUGCUGGACGCAGGCGACUUGGCAGAAGGGAAGGGAGAAUUGAGAGAGGGACGCGAACAAAUGAGAGAAGGCUGGGAAUCGCUUUUCUUCUCUCCUGAGCGCGCUCAAGAAUUCUGUAGGAACAGGGAGGUCCCGAGCUCGGUCAGUCGGCUGCGAGAGAAGCUAACCGCAGAACACGCGAUGUCUGUCCAGCUCCUGACAGAAGAAAGGAGCCGCGCUGCGCUCAACAAACUGCUUCUCGGGAUUCACCAGGUCCGAGGUCUCGUCCGCACGCUCGCCGAUGUCACGCAAGAUGCGCGAGGCGAGGCAGCAGAAAACUUGGCUGACGCGGCGCAACUUCAAGCGUGGAGCGCCAAACACGGUGAGCUCGCAGAAGGGCGCGAUCUCGUUGAAUACUACUACCGACAGAUCGCUGAGUCGGCUAACGGUGUCAUCAGGGAAUACCACCGUCGCUGCAUCCAGUUGAAUUCAGACAUCCAGUUGAUACGGGACCAAAUCAGUCGCGUCGUUCACCUCGCGCUCUUGGCCGUUUCGCGUGCGCCACCGCUCCACAGCCUCUACGCCUCUUCGCCGCCGUCGGAGCAUCUCUGUCCUGACGCGUUCGGCUCCGUCUGCUCAUACAGCGGAGACCCUCGCAUCUUUCUGGUCUCGCCGCCCUUCCUCUCUCGCCUUCGGCUGUACGCGAUCUCGCACCUCCCGCCGCCUUCGCGGAAUGCGGCGGCUGCGAGCAGCCGAGAGGCCGCGCGUGCGCCAGGCAGUCCCGCGUUCUCGGUGGGAGUCCCCGGGUCCUGGGCGCAAAAGGACGAUUUGCCGGCUGAGGUGGGACGGCGAACCGUCGUCGCACCUGUCUCGCCUGCGGCUCUUCUGCCUCCAGGGCGGUGCGUCCAGAGCGUUCCUCCGGGGCUUCUGCUCCGCAGUUCGCAGGCUGACUUGGCCGCCUUGGAGCAGAAACUGGAAGGCAAGUGGGGGAGUUUCAACCUCUUUGAAGCGUGGCAGAACGACGCGAUGAAGUGGCAGUGGCGCGACGCGAUGAUGCAGCGGGAGUUCGCCAGGCGCGAGGAAGAAAUUGACCGGUGGAUCCUCGAGUCGGAGUCAAGACUUCUUGCCGCCGUGGACCUCCGACUCCAAGAACUGUGGUCGGGGCGCAUGCAGGAGCUGAAACGUGCCGCAGGGGACAGCCUCGAGGAGAGCUUCGUUUCCCGACUCAUCGACGAAGUCCCGUCUCUCGCGGGCGUCAUUCAGCGUGUUCAGCAGCAUCGCGCGGCGGGCGCCCCUACGUUUCCCGCCCGCUCGUCGCCUUCCUCCUUCCACUUCGCGUCAUCCCUCGCGGCUGCUGUGAGCAACGAAGAGGUUGAGGCCGCGUUCAUGGUUGCAGAGGACAUGCGGUCGAGGCUGGUCGGGGUCGCGACGUCUGAGGUGUACCUGCAGCUGUUGCAUGCGCAGCACACGGUCGCGGCCCACGAAGGAGACAAGAGUCGCGCGAAGCUGCUCGGCAUCUUGGAAGAGACUGUGGAGAAGCAGAUGCGCGAGAUUCGCCACCUCCGUACCCGCAUCGGAGAGGAAGUGGAUCUCGCCUGCCAGCCGGAUCGAAUUCGAGACGAAUGUCAAAAAACGGAGGCGGCGAUCACCAUGCUGGAAGAAGAACUCAUUGCGAUGCAGGAGAAGCGGACGCUACGGCAACAGCGGCUGCUGGAUCUGCGCAACUCUGCCCAGACGAAGCUGCAACGCGUCACCGCCCUGUUCGACACCGACCAGGCGCUGUGCCGGAGCCUCGAAGCGGAGUGCGAAGGGGAGCGCAGGCGAGGAGCGAGGGCCGAGCAGCUGUGGCAGGAAAUCGGCAUCGAAAAGCUCGAGGAGAUGAAGCAGGAGUUGGCGAAACUGAAGGGUGAGAACGUCGCCUUGCAGGCGGAGCUCGAGGUGGCGCGCUUUGAACUCGACACAAAGAGGAAAAAGGAGGAGCUGAAGCGGGAAGAAGCAAGGGAGAAGAAAGAAGAACGCGAACGGAGACGAAGGGCGCCGAAGGGGCGAGAGUCGGCCGCAAAGGAGGACAAAGCCAAGAGCCAAGGCCAGUCGGGAAGCCCGCAAAGGUCGUCUGCGCUGAUCGUGGGGUGGCGCAAGGCGGCGAGCUCGCCGGCGCCGGCGUGGGUCGCGUCCAGCGGCAUCCCGGCGGGCGACGAAGCCGACAGAAACCAGGAGUGCGCACGAGAUGGCGAAGAAGAGUGGGAAAACGAGCAGGACGCCGCUGCAGAGGGAAGACGGGAAACGAGGGCAGCGGGAAGAAAGCGCGGUGGCGCCUUCAGUUCUCUUUUCAAAUGGCCUUCCAGCAAACGAAGCAGCAGCACGCCCGCGGCACUCAGGACACGAAAGGGCGGAAGUGGUGGCGGAGACGCAGGCGCGCAGUCUGCGAGCAGUGCGCGCCUCCACAGCGCCACAUCGAGGCAGCGGGGUCACGUCUCCGUAGGUCUUCGGGCCGGAGAAGCCUGCGGGGUUUCGCGCUCGGCGUCAGAGCUCGGAGACCUCGGAUCUUCCUCGCCGGCGGUGGGGCGAGAGGCUGAGGGCCCACAGGAAGCGCGGGGGACGUCGGCGAGGGACAGGCGCGAGCCCCUGAAUUCCUCAUCUCGCCGUUCCGGCGCGGUUGAGGUGACUCGAGACAGCCGGGAACACGCGGAACUCGAAGCCGAGAAGACACCAGCGGAAGUGGAGUCGUCCUCCCCUGCCCUCUUUCCCCGGGGUUCCUCGGCGCCGCCUGGUCAGGGCCGAGAAGCUCGGCGGGGGAGGGACAGCGCCCUAGAAGGCAAGCGGGAGACCGACGCCCAAGUGCACCGGAUGCCGCGGUCGCCUCCGCCUCCGGAGAAGGCUUCUGGCAAGUCUGCUUUCCGCCGCUUCUUCUCAGGAUCGCCGGAGUGGGCCACAGGUUUCCGACUUAUGGCCGCGUCCAAAAAGAAGGGCGACGGCGAAGUCCCUGGCGAUGGAGAAGAGUGGAUCGGCACCGCGGCGACGACGCAACAGGCUGUGACUGCUGGCGACUCUCAGGGAGACGGGCCUGGAGCGGCGCGGACCGAGGAGAAGACGCAAAGUGAGCCUGGACCAGGAGGGGUAGGAGCCGCGCCCGCGCACGCGAGUGGUCUAUCAUUUCCGCAUGCUCGCCAGCGCGACACAGACAGUGGCCAGGGCGAAUGUGCUCCAGGGCGGUUGUCUCCCCCUCACAGGUCUGGAGACCAGCCGAAAAGUUUCUUCCCACGAGGGGACGCGUCGUCGGCCGUGCGACUCGUGGAGGCAGAAGCCAGGUUUGCACGAGGCCAGGACGCGCGAAGAGAAGAGCGAGCCCCGGAGCCGCUGGGGAUGAGAAGUGCGUCCGCCACGUGCCUGCGGGGCGGGUCUUCUCACCCGUUUGCCGAGGUGGAGCGGCGGGAAGACAGCAGAGGCGGCCAGAACGCACCCCCGCGGGGACAGAAAGGCGCGACAGCGGACGAGGGCUGUGGUGGCCUGGGGCAGGCAGCCGCCAGCAGACAAACGUUGUCGCGAGACGCGGCACUGUCGGCAGGGAUGCCCACUCCUGCAGCGGAAGGUUCUCUUUCCGUCGGAUCGCCCAGCGGAGACACUGGCCGUUCCCACGGUGAGAGAGGCGACGGGCUGAAGGGCAAGACGCCGAGCGACGGCCAGUCGGGCGAACGCGCGGUUUGUUCCUCGCGCUCGUGGAGAAACACGCGGCCAGGUUUUCCAGCUCAGGGUCGGGCGCCGAAAGUCGCGGUCGCGGGGGGCGCCGGCGUUGCUCAGAACGCUGCGCUGAACGAAGCGUUCGUAGAGAGAAGGCAGAAAGACCGAGGGGAAGUGGACUCUGGCUCUGGCGACACAGAAAGCGAAACCACUCACGCACGCCGUGACAAAGGGAAAACACGGGCGCGGAAGGAGGGCGAGAGUCCGAGCUUUGCAGCUGCGUCUGCCGCUUUUCUGCCGCUUCUGUCUUUUUCUUCUCGCACAGGUACCAAAGAAACGCCGCAGCCACCUCACCUGCUUCGGCCUUCUGACAGAGAUCAACAGGCGCCUGCUCUACAGAAGCGACGGACGUCGGAGCUCGAAGACGCGUCCACGCCACGCGCUUUGCGAGAGGCACGGGAAGGCAGCAGGGCCCUCGAGGAACACCUGGAAGAGGAAAGCGAAGGCUUCGCCCCUCCGUACGUAGCGGGGAAAGCAGAUAGAACCACAGCGCGGAGCACCUCUGUCCGUCUAGGGGAAGGACGCAGUCGAGGCUGUCGACGGAGAGAGCGGAAUGGAGGAGACAGUGGGGUGGGGCUCCAGGAGCGCCCGUCUCUGGGGCCGGAGCGUCCGUCACCUGGCGACACCGCCACAGAAGUCGCCAGAUCCGGAGAGCUGGGAAACGUUUUCCUUUCUUCUGCGUCUUCUCUUCGCUCGGCUAGUUCCACUGGAGCGCCUACGCCACGGCGUUCUUUGGCGCCUUUCGCACCUUCCCGAGAGAUCCAAGGAGAAAUGCAAGAGAUGGAAGGCCGACGAGACAGUUCCUGUCGCGCCGCUUCGUCCCGUCCUCCUGGGCAAGCGAAGGAAGCAGAGCGAGGCCUCACCUCCUCAGAAUCUUCUCUGGCGUCGGGGGACAGCGAGAACCCGGGUGUUCCAGCCGCUGUCCAAAGUGUAGACGGCGCCCGUGCACACGUUGCAGCGUCGGGGGUGAAUGCCUCGGGCUCAGGGCGUGGUGUGACGAUCUGUCCCCAAACGCUCUCCAAACGCGGUUGCCGGCCUGUUUCCUCCUCAGACGUGAAACGGGCGGGAGCUGUCGGCUCCGCUCUCGAGGCUGCCUCCGACACGAGCGGCGGACGCAGUGCGUCCUCGACCCCCCCUGGGGACGCCGGACGUGGCGUCGCCGGGUUUGAGGCGACAGACGAGGCGUUGUCGCUGCCUUCUUCGAUUCAGCGAGCGAGGCCCCGUCCGCAUGAGCAUCCAGAUGGUCCUGCCGCUGGGUCCUGUUCCAGCGUUUCCGGGCAUCCGUUCGAUAGCUCUGCUGGGGAUCUUCCUGGAGAACAACAGCUCGAUGGCGAGAUUGUGUCUCCCCGCGUUUCGUCUGCGUCUGGCGAUCUGUCGCUCUCUCUGCUGGGUUUUCUGGGAGGAGAAAGCGGCGAACGAGGCGGAAAAGGAGACACGGCAGGGCGAGCUCGAGACGAGGAGACAGUCGGGGACCCUCCUCGUCCGGCGAGUCCUGAGUUGCUGCCGGUCCUCGAUUCGCCGAAAAAAACAGCAGCGUGUGGAGCCCCUUCUUCGACUCGGUAUAUCGCGAGGGAACAGAACAUGGAGACGGAGCAGAAAAGGCUCGUCGGUUCGCCGUCUCUCGCGUUUGCGCGCCUCGUCUUGGAUUGGGAGGAAGAGAAGGAGGCAGAUCCGGCUCGAGCGGCAGAAACGAGUGCACCUGUGUGUUCAUUGUCGCCUCGGUCUUCGCCGUCCGCGUGUAGCCUCGGAGGACCAAACGAAGAACGAGGCAAUGGCCCACAACCGGAGACCUCUCCGCUUCGUGGUGACGGCCUGAACGGGGGAGAAGACUCCGUCCCACCAUGCCACGCGGUCCGGUCUUCCGUCUCUAGGAGCAGUUCCCGUGAGUCGGCCUUCCCUUCUCUUCCUCUGGCUGCUGCUCAGCAGUCUUUUGCGUCUUGUUCCUCGCGUGCCUCGUCGCCGGCGUUAGGACGAGACGGAUACAUGGCACUCCACGCUCCACAGGCCGAGCAGGACGAGCUCGCCCCGGCAUCCACCGAUCAGAUGCUGCCCGUAAACGUCUCAGUGGAACCUGGCGAAGACGCGACGGCGCCUCUCCUUCCUUCUCCGAGCGCUGACGCGACAUCGAGCGGGGGCUGUCCUCUCUCCCGCUCUGUGCACAGUGCAGGGGAGCGGAACCGGGAGAGUUCUCUUUCCGGACUCCUUCACUUUCCGUUUUCUUCGGUGGAUGCCAGACGGCGAGAAGGCAAUGACGCGCGGACAGAGAAGAAGCGCCGGAGGCGAACGGAGUUUGCCUUCUCGGCUUCUGCGCCCUUUUCGUUGCGGCGCAGCCUAGACGAAGGCAAGGCCUUUCUCCGCAGUUCGCCGUUUUUCAGCAGAAAGGGGGGAGGCAGAGAAGAGGAGCACGACGCAGGGACGGCUUUCCUCCGUGCGGGGAGCUUUGACUUGGGCGCCCUGUCUCGCAGAGACGACAAAAACGUAUCUUCCGGUGGGCCGCCAGAGUCACCAGACUCGCAGCCGUGGGGCGCUGAAGAGAGGCUGGUCAGCGAGGGCUCGCAGGUCGAGACUUUCUGCUUCGCCCUGACACAAAAUUCGCAACCGCGAGGCCAAGCAGAUGUACAGAACGCUGUGCUGUACAGUCCGAUCUUUGCGCUCUUGGACGCAGAUGAAAAGCGGCAAAUCCUUGAAUUGCUCACCUCCAGUAUGAUUCACGUAGCUUGCGACUGCAUCCUCUUCCACAGAGGCGAAAAAGUAGAUGUUCUCUACUUCCUCGAAAAUGGAGAACUCGAAAUGGCUGCAGUCGGCCAAGAUGCAGAGAUACACCCGGAAGAGUCAAACGUACAAAGGAGACGAGGAAGCGCCGGCGGGAGUUCGCAAGAUCCGAGGGAGGCAGAACCGACCCUCGACCGGCUGUCUUCACCGCCCUCCAGCCCCGUCCAAAUCCCUUCAGGCGCCUUCGUGCUUCCUCGGGCGUUCGUCAGGGCAGGGCGCACGGAGUACAGGGUCAGAGCCGUCAAGCCGUCAGCUCUCUACAAAUUAACAGCGCAGUCUUUCCAAUCAGUUGCAAAUGGGGCAGUCCUCCGACGCGCCUCGGAUUUGCUCGCCUACAUGUUGCGGUGCCCUAUCUUGGAGGCGCUAACAAAACGCGAGGCCAGUCAGCUAGUUCCUCUCAUGCGGUGGCAGCAGUUCCUUCCCAACGAGGUUAUUCUGCAUCAAAACCAAAUCAGUUGGGCCCUUCUGAUUGUUAUGAAAGGCAAAGCUCGUGGCGUGCGGCGACUCGCUAGGCACGGCCGGCCGGAGACUCUGGAAUACUACGAAGAAGGCUCGUGCAUCAAUUUUCUGUGUCUCCUUCAAGACUUUCCCAACUCGACAUCCGUGAUCGCGGAGGGUCCGGAAGGCUGCAUCGUGGCCUCUCUGUCCCGAUCGAGCUUUGAGGGUCUCAUGGGCAAGGCAGAACGCCUCCUUGAUCGAGGCCACGAAACAGCCGACGGCGGAAAAGGGUACACGGGCCGAAUCGAUCUUGGGGAGGUGAAGAAAACGUGGUCCAAGGUUCUGAAAAUGGCUGGGCCACGCUAG